UAAAUUUGGCCCUCGCCGGUCGCCGUUUAAGCCUGUACGUGGCAGUCGGAGAGCCGAGGCUCCUCUCCUGCAACAAUUCACUCAAACACACUGACAUCCUGCUCUCGUAUAGGAUACACCGGAGCGAGGACACUGUUUCUAUCACCAGAGCUGUCGUGCCGCCCGCUGUGAGACCGAUUCAAACAUGUUCACCGUGUCGGAGCUGGUUGUCUUGCUGGCCGUCCUGUCCGCCACCGCGUCCGGCUACUUCGUUAGCAUAGACGCCCAUGCCGAGGAGUGCUUCUACGAGCGGGUCAACUCCGGCACAAAGAUGGGCCUCAUGUUCGAGGUAGCCGAGGGAGGCUUCCUGGACAUCGACGUCGAGAUAACGGGGCCUGACGGUAAGCAGAUUUACAAAGGCGACAGAGAGUCCAGCGGGAAAUACUCUGUGGCGGCGCACAUGGACGGAACCUACAAGUUCUGCUUCAGCAACAAGAUGUCCACCAUGACACCCAAGAUCGUCAUGUUCACGAUUGAUAUCGGAGAAGCACCCAAAGGCCAGGACAUGGAGACGGAAGCCCACCAAAACAAGCUGGAGGAGAUGAUCAACGAGCUGGCAGUUGCCAUGACAGCUGUAAAGCACGAGCAGGAGUACAUGGAGGUUCGCGAGAGGAUACACAGAGCAAUCAACGACAACACAAACAGCAGAGUGGUGCUGUGGUCGUUCUUCGAGGCUCUGGUUCUGGUGGCAAUGACACUUGGACAGAUUUACUACCUGAAGAGAUUUUUCGAAGUACGGCGGGUGGUUUAGUGCGACUUUAAACGAUCCCUCUGUGUCCUCCACUGAUCUCUCCAACACCAAGACAGUUAUUUACACUCUGGAAAUGAGACUGGCAGAUUUGAGUAAAGCCCACAUUAUGAUUGGAUCUCAGAUGUUUUGUUCUCCUGUUACCUGUUUGGUUCCUUCUUUAUAACUGUAAUUAGUGUUUGUUUGGAGCGAAUGGCCAAAAUAUUCUGGGUUAGAUGUCAGUUUGAUUAGUUUCUUUUUUUGUUAAGAGUUUUUUUUUUUGGUCCAAUAUUGUUUGAUAAUUAAUUGCCAGUACAGUUUUGCCUGUGUGAGUGCCUGCGAGGCUCAUAAAUUUAAGUAAAGGCAGUGACGUGAAAAAGACUUAGAAUGCACAUAUAUGAGCAGGCAUGUGUGGAGUCUCCACAGGAGGAUGUAAAGAUUUAAACGGGACCCUUUAAGUGAUAAAACAACAAACAUGAAAACAGAAUGCAUUUGAUUUCUUUUUGUCUGAGAUGCAGGAAGUUUUGUUUCCAGUGUCGAAGCCAAGUCAGACAAUGUAAAGGCAGAUAUGUGAUAUCUGUGCAUCGUGUCUAUGCUCUAAAACAACAAAUUGCACUCCUGACGAAUGCAUCUAAAUAACCGAAGGAUUUACACUGCAGCUGGUCUUUAAGGGAAACUGUACAGCUUCUAGCUCUGUCUGUUGAUUCAUAGCGAUCCAUGCCACGGGGAGGGGGCUUCAGUGGACAUCUUUUGCAGGGAAACAGCGCGACUCCCUACGUAGUUCAGAAAAAACAGGCGAGUGGUUUCUUGGCCUAAGAGUUCACACCUUGAUUUAAUUUUUAAACACUUAAAUUUCCACUUUAGCUGUAAGAUCUGGAAGCGCUGAGGUUGGAUUUUAAACUGAACUACUUGGAGUGAAACUCCAAAGCAAAGUGUAGAGAAAUACUGAUGUUACAUGUUGAUUGAGGCGGGGUGGGUGUGUGGGUGGGCGGGGGGGUCUGACACCUAAUGACUGCUGUGUGCUUUAGUUGCUUCUACUAUAGUUCUUUUGUUGGGGCUCGGGAUUUUAAAUUAUGAUUGUAUACAAUUUUGAACUGUUUGUUUUUUCCUGGAGCACACCCUGUGACACGCAACAGUUUGGAUGAUGCCUUUCAAAAUUAAAGUCUUUUACCUGUUUCCUCCCCCGUCGAUGUAAGAAAACAAAGAAACGUCCGAGGCUUCACACCGAGCACACAGCUGCACCAUCGUUAAGUGUUGUGUGUCACAGAGUGUGCUCCAGUUUUGUAUUAAAAACAAUCUUUGGUGAGCUCUGGCAGGUAAACUGCUCUGUACACAGUCUCUCCUUUUUGUGAUUACAACAAACUAAAUCUGAUAAUAUGGAUCUGUACAAAUGUAGAAUGGUUGUCUGUGGAAAAAGCCCCAGGUUUCAUAAUAAAGCCAAUAUUCUGUACAA